AUGGAGAAUAAACCACCUGAAGAAGUUUCUGAUCGUCAAAUCUACAAGCCAAGCAUACCUGGGUUGAGUAAUAUUGGGAAGAAGGAGUAUAUCCAGCAUAAAUCUCAUUGGAUAAAAACUCCAAACCCUGUUGUUCCGGAGAAAGCCCAGAGUGCUCUUCAUCAAUGCUCUGAUACAUCCUAUCGAAACAGGCUCAGUAGAUUAGAGCAUAUGUUUAAUGACUCCCCCGAAGGGACGCUGAUGCCAUACAGACAGAAUUUAGCUUCCUGUAGUGAUUCGCAUAGUGAAAUGCACCAGAAGAAGCCACUUAUGGACCGGGUCAGUGGCCAAUUUGGAUGGAAUAACCCCAAAGUUAUGGAGAAACCAACAGAUAGUUUUGAAAAAGGCUUCAUUAAAAAUCUUGAAAGCCAUAAAUAUCAUCAGCAUCCGAGUAUGAGUAAUGCAACAAAAACAAAUGUACAGACUUGCCUUGGGAAAAUGGAUCCUGAUUGUUCAGGCCUAACUUCUCAGAAAGAGCCUGACCAAGAGAAGCCGAAUAGCUUAUGGAAUGAACUUAAGGGCAAUAGCAGAGACACCUCUGCUGCUGAGCCUUGAGCCCAGCAGCAAAAGGGUUCUGACUUUGCUAUGCCUAAGAAGAAACCAACUGGACUUGACCAUUCUUUUCAGAACAUUGAACCUGGGGAGAUAAGAGUUGAGGAUAAAUUUUGGCCUGAUAGAGGCAAUUCUGGCCAAGAGUGUCCUCUAGCCAAAACUAAGCACCAUAAGCUCUCUGAAUAUUCAGGACUAAGUCUCUGUAGAAAGAUGCUUCCACAGCCUAAACUGGGGGCUGAUAUUGUACAGCCAGAUUGAAACAAUGAGCUUUUGAAGAGUGAAGAUAGCCAUAUAAAGCAUCAAACAGCUCAGAAGUUAUCAGAUGUCCAGACAAUGCUCAGUCAAGAUAAUACCAAAAAUAGCAACUUUGGAAUGAACCACGGUCCUUGUGUGCAGGAUGGGAUCCAGUCAAGACAUUCAAGGAGCAUUUUUGACGAUUCAUGUGAGGCUCAUACAUUUCGGGAUUAUGAACUGAGACCUCUUGACCGUAACAACCAAGCUAAGUCGAUCUAUGAAGGCCCUUCUGGGGCGAACAGUCGGUAUAGUUCGUACGAAGAUUAUGAAGCCAAAGUUCAGAGAGAAGGUUUGGCCAGACCACUGAAUAGCUCAAGAGAGAACUCUUAUUUUAACAUUGCCAAGAAGAAGCUAGCUGGGAAUAAAAAAUUUAGCUCAAAUAGUCCUGAAGAACCCCGAAGAGAUAUUGUGGUUUCUAAUUUAGGGAAAAAGAAUGCAGACUUAGCCUCUCCAUUAAAGGAGUAUAUAGGAAGUCCUGUUAACAAGGCUUGAGCUCAGGCAAAUAUAUCCAAAAGGAGUAAGCAUAAGCCAUAUAGAAUGAAGGCUCGUAAUUCUGGGAAGAAAUCCUCUUGAGCAAAUGCUACAACUAGUGUGAUGGAGUCCUAAUAACCUUGUGGAUCACCCCAAAGAAGCUUUAAAUUUCUCUUCUAAAAGUAGAUCCAAAAUUCAACGCAAGAGUAAUAUAACUCCUUAUGUAAAGCCUGAAGCAAAUUUGCUCAAAGAGUCUGCUCAGAGGCCUCCUAAAGGAAGUUGGGAUUUGGCUAAAAAGGUUUACUCAAGCGCCUCUAAACCCAGGAACACGACUCUGAAAACACUGAGGAGGGGUCCUCAUAAAGAAA